UAGCAAAAAGUUAAUAAUAAAAUUUAUAAAACAAAAAACAGCGAAAAAUGCCGGAAAGCGACGUUACCAAAAUGAAGGUUGCUGAUUUGAAGCGCGAGCUGAAAAUGCGUGGGCUGCCUGUUAAUGGAAACAAAAAUGAAUUGCAGGAUCGCUUGCAGACGGCUCUGUUGGAGGGUGAUAUCUCGCUUGAAGACAGCGCCAUAGCAGAUGCCAUAGACGAUGAUGACGUUUCCCUGGCCGACGAUGAUGAAGACAAGCUGCUUGGGGACGAGCACGAUGACGAUGAGCUACUCAAGAGCCCGGUGGGCACGCCGACAGCUGCAAUAGUACCCGAUUUGCUGUUGGAUGAACACAGCGCCCUCAACGAGAAAACGAUUGCAGCAGCAGCCCUGCCUGCCAAAAAGAUUGUGCUCAAAAGAAAUAACUCUCAGCUGGCAUCGACAACAGCAGGCUGUACAACGACGCCCACCAUUGCAUCCAAGGAGAACGGGGCUCCCACAGCUAAUAAGGAUACGCCAGAGGAAACUCCAACCAAAACCAAACGCAUCCCCAUUGUAGUUGGAGGAAGCAAGGAAGGCGAAAAGUCCGCGGACAAGAAGCUCACUGAACUAACCGCAGAAGAACGUUUGAACCUCCGGGCCAAGAAAUUCGGCAUCACCCCCACUAUCGCAACUGCGUCUAUUGCAACUGCAAUUAACAAGUCCUCGAGCGCAUCAAUUGUGGCUAAUAAAGGAAACAAGGAAACAGACGAAAAGCAAAAGGAAGCUCUUAAGCGUCGCGCCGAACGCUUUGGCUGUGUGGUUCCCGAGAAGACCACAAAGACACUGGCCGACGAGCGCCUGCUGAAGCGCAAGGAGCGUUUUGGUACAGCAGUUGAGGCUUCUUCGACUCCAGCUACUGCUGCUGCUACGCCAGAGUCAAAGGCCAUUUACUCUGAGAAGGCGCGCGCACGCUUGGAACGUUUCAAGACUGCGCCGGCAGCCGCUACCCCAAAGUAGGAACGUCGUAUACCUUUCCCAUUUACACAAGCGAUGGAAUCCUCAUGGACCGAAACCCUGUAGACAGUCUUAUAGUAUGACCAUUCAAGUCACUCAUGCUUGUAGAGAUUAAGAAACCAUUAUAAAUAAAAAGAUAACAUUUCAACAUUACUAUUCCACAAAAUGUUACCCCACCGCAAA